UAUGGGAAAUUGUACUAUUUAUGUUUGAAGAUGAAGAUUAUAUAAAUACUUAGCUUGACUUUGAACAAGCUGUGUAACGUGAAGAAUAGAAAAAUAAAAAUGAAGACUUGGCUGUAUGGGCUUUUGACCCCUUUGCCUGUCCAGAUGGACGAACAGAACCAAAAAAAAAUUGUCUGUUGUCUAUUGAAGUCAAAAUUUCAAUAUUCAAUAAAUUCUGAAUUUCUGAUUUCUUAACAAAAAUGUUAUGCCGGAAAAUUGCUUUGGAUAACUGAAGAACAGAAAAAGAAAUUGUUUAGUUUUGUAAGAAACGGUUAAAUUGUUAUAAUUUAACAUCAAAAAUGCUUAUAACUAUUCUUGGACUACCACUUUCUACCAAAUAUCACGAAAUAAAAGUCUUAAUAACACAGAAAUGUGGAAUUCCCGAUUUCAUCCUAGAUAAUUUAUUGACCGAUACUGAUGGUACGAAGAAGGUUCGCGUAGGCCUUGCGGACGAUGCUGAAGGCGCUCACGUAAUUAAGUGUCUCAAUGGAUAUAAAUUAUCUGGAAAUGUUCUGCGAGUGGUGCCUUUUGGAAAAUCUGGGAUUGCCAGACAAAACAACUCUGCACCCAAUCAUCGAAGCACCUUCGAGACUCAAGGUUAUCAAAAUGAUUUUAAUCAGAUGGGCAGGUCACAGGUUGACCCAUGGGGUUCUCAUUCUCAAUGGACACCUCAACAACAAACAGGACACAUACAGAAUCAAAAUAACUUGAGUUAUCAGCAGGUACAACAAGGCGGUGGUUAUGUAUCUGUGGGUACCAGUCAUACACCAAUAAGAAAUGAGUUUCAACAGGGUGCUGUGAAUCAGUCUGGAAUGCAGAACUUACCAAAUUAUGAUUAUCAAGCUGGUCCAAAACAAUCUAAUCGGCAAGGAGUGCUACGAACUGUCGAAAUUGUUGAAACACCUCCACAGAAUCUACCAGGGAGACAUCAACCCAACUAUGAUUUACAACGGGAUAGAAAUCUUGCAUUACCAAAAGGAGGUUCAGAUGGCAAUCAAUUCAGUUUAGGUCAACAGUCUUACCAAAACAGACAAUGGCCUCAGGGUCACGAGCAGAAAAUGGAUUCGUAUGAGAAAAGUGACUAUGGUAAAUAUAUGCCCCAAGACAAGAGAAUUUUGAAGGAACAACUUGCAAUGAAGUACAAAGAGCUGGAUAAGCCCCAGUAUGAUCCACAUGAAAAGAAAAUGUUGAAGGAACAACUGGCAAUGAAGUACAAACAUUUAGAAAAGUCGCAAUAUUCUCCCCAAAAUAUGCAUGCUCGGGGCUUGCAACCACGACAGGUUUCGCCUUCUCCGCGUCAUUCGCCGGGGAGAAAAAUGACUGGCAGAAUGAGAUCUCCACCUAGAAGAAGUGUCUCACCACACGGAAGAAGACUUUCACCUCCCGGAAGAAGACUUUCACCUUCUGGAAGGAGACCUUCACCCGCUGCCGGGAGGACCUCGCCUAUGGGCAGAAGCCGUAGGAUGUCACCUGGCCGUAGGGUGUCACCUGCAGGGAGAAACCCUAUGGAACCACCUGUAGAUAGACGAAUGCCGUCUAGUGGAAUGAUGGCCCAUGGAAGGCCUGUUUCACCAAAACUCAGGAAGGAAUUAGGUGACAGAAAUGUGACCCGACAUCAUUCAGCAGGGCAUAGAGUUGAUUUGAGAUACUCCCCACCACGUCCCACAGAAUCUGUGGCGAUAAAGCAAGUCCGACCGGCCUACGAACCCACGCCACAGGCUUCAAAUCAAGAAAUGUACUCAGGUGGCUACCGUCCAAAUGAUACUGCACAAUAUAAUCUUCAAAAUGUACGCUCCGAAGGAUCGAGCUCACGUUGGACUGUUAGGGAUAAGCACUUUGGUAAAAAUCUGGAUGAUGAUAGAAGAGACGUGUUGAGGAUGGCGAAAUUCGAAACGCCAAGGUCUUCAGAUACCGCUCGAGUUAUUGAAGAUGUUCAUGGGCCACGUUCUUCGAAUAGGGGAUCUAGAUCGCCAAGGCGCGAGCGGUCACCAUUGCGCGAUCGCUACAGAAGACAUUCUCCCUCGCCGCGUUCGCCACGACGCUCUUGGGCUUUAGAAAAAAGACGCAGUCCUGAAGUGCCUGAUGAAGCGCCACCACCCCCUGUUUGGACUGCGGAAAGUCCAAAGCAAGCAGAUUACCGAGAUAUCAGACAUAGUUAUACCCAUGCAGAGCAGACGCGUCGUCAAUGGGUUCCAAUAUCGCAAUCCAAAAAAGAAGAAGAAGCACGCGUAAGGCAAUCGCGACAUGAUUCGAGAGAACGUAUUCGACAAGAGGCACAAGAAAUGCAUUUCCGGGCAGAAGAGAAGGAACAAGUUGAUUUUUUGAUGAUUAAAGAAGAUUUAACUCGUCGUAUUGAACAGAAAGCUGUGAUUCUGAAGAAGCAAGAAGAACUGCAGAAGGAAAUCGAAGAUGUAUAUAAACGAGCUGUUGAUUUUACAAAAAAGGCUGAGAGGCACAGAAAAGGCGAUCAAAGACGCGAUGAUCACAGCGCAGUUGAAAAACAAGCUCAACGAGACAUUCGUUUUGAUCGCAAAGACGAAAAAAGACCGAAGCCACAAAACAAUUCAAUAAGUUUUGCUAUCAAAACCAAAAGGCAGAAAGCUACUGAAGAACUUGCAGACAAAAUUUUGUCCAAGUUCGGUGAGAAUUUACCUGAAUUGAUCAAAGCUCAGGUAUUUGAACAAAUCUGUGAUGCAGUCUCUAAGAUUUUGGAUGAUAUGUAUGGUGAUAACGACGUAUCGUUCAUAGAAGCUGUUAUAAAAUUUAACAGUAGGCAUAACGUAAAGGACGAGGAGAAAAUAUUUGAUAACGUAAUGUCGAAAUUCCCACUUCAAUACAGAGUGCUGAAGCGGUCUGCUGAAGAAUGUGUUCCACCACCACCAAAAACACCGAAAAUGGCAACAGACGUCGCAGAUGUUGCUCAACCUGCGAUUCUGUACGCAGGCAGAAGAAACAGAUUUGACCCGAGAUCGGCACGUCCUCUGCCGCAAAGGAUAAGGGCUUCGAUUCCUGUCAGAAAACAACAGCACUUUAUAGGGAAGAACCCUAGAUUGGUAGCAGCUCAGACCUCGGAACCGCAAAAAAAAUUUACACCAGUUGAGAAAGACGGAGUCAGAAAACCACAGCACGUUAUAGCGAAGAAACCAAGAUUGGUAGCGGCGAAGCCUUCAGAACCGCCGAAAAAAUAUACACCAGUUGAGAAAGACGAAGUGAAGAACAGCGACGCUGCGGCGAUAGAGGAACUGUUUCCGGCCGAAAAACGAGAGGGAAGCCGAGAGUUGGACGCGGUCACAUCCAAGAUGCUCGAGUACGAGCUGAGGCAUAUUAUGAUCAAGGUGUGGCAGGAGUUCCCGGACGACCCGCCAACGGACGAGGAGCGAUACGUCGCUGAGAAGUUCCGCAACGAGGCGGGAGACGAACUCACCAAUGUGAUCGGUCUGAACGUCACAAAGAGACUUCUUAACAUAUACAACAGGCUUAUUGUCAAGCUGCACUUCUCCAACCGCCCGGAGAGGAGUUGCCUCCUGUUGUUCCUCAAGAAGUACAACUUCCGCGGGUUCAAACGUGUCCCGACCGAGAGCAACACUUUCGCGGGCAUGCUCAAGUCGGUCGAGCAUUUUGACACUAUAUGCAAGACCAAGUUUCUCAAGUGCGGUAGCGCGCAUGUCACCGUGACACCAUGCUACCGGUUCAUGAAGUGCCCAGAAGGCUUGAAAACAAAGUUUGUCGACGAAUCUGACGCUGAAAAGGACACUUCUCUAGUGUCUGAAAAUGCAGAAAAGAAAAGUGAAGAUACUACGGAAAUUAUCAAAAGUGCCGAUGAAAGUCAGAAAAUAAAUGAUGGUAACAAAAAAGAAGAUGAGUUGAAAGUAGCUAAAACAAUAAAAAUAGAAGAAGCUGAUAAUACAAAUAAAGUGGAGACUGCCAGAGAAAUAGCUAUUGAAGCAAAUACAAACAUUUCUGAGAAAAUGAAAACAGAGGAACCUUCUAUGCCGCAAAAGAUAACGUCAAAGAUUAUUCCAGAUGUCAAAAAAGAAGUAAGUAAAGCUGAAGAAGGGAAGAAAAUGGAAGUCAACAAAAGUAAAUUGACAAAAGUAAAUGAGACAACUAUAGAGAAGUCAAGUCCUCAAGUCGAAAGUGUUGAAAAAACACUAAAAGAUACAAAUGCUAAAAUUGUUGAAAACAAACCAACAGUGAAACAAGAGUUUGUCAAAAAUGUUGCAAAGAUACAAACUCAAGGAAAAACAAUUACCAAGCCUGUUAAUUCCCUGCAGGCACAAACCAAAAGAGUGGAAGUCAAGAAGAACUUGAAAAAUGUCUCAAAGGCUGAUGACUUCGAAGAGAUGGCUGAUGAUGAGAUAUUAGCAUUAUUGUCUUCUGGUGUUGUAUUAGAUGAGUGUGGAUCUGAUGAGGAAUAAUGGAUUUCUAUAAAAUAUGCACACGUAUAGGUUUUAUCUGAUUAGUAGGUAAUUAAUAUAAGAUUGAUGUGG